AUGGAUGACCCCAGAGGCACUGACCUGGCCAAUACAGAUGGAUGGAUAGAAGACAAGGUAAUGAGAGGUGGAUACAAAGUUGAAAUAGAAAACAUGACAGAUGAGAUGGGAGUACUUGGUGUAGCGGGUCCGUAUGCACGACAGGUCCUCCAGAAGUUGACAAAUGAGGAUCUGAGUGAUGGUUCAUUUAAGUUUCUCCAGUCUAGACAUCUGAAACUUUCUGAUAUUACUGUUACUGCCAUUAGGAUAUCAUACACAGGUGAAUUGGGCUGGGAGCUCUAUCAUAGAAAAGAAGAUUCUGUAGCUCUUUACAGUGCAAUCAUGGAAGCUGGCCAAAAAGAGGGAAUUGACAACUUUGGAACAUAUGCUCUGAAUGCUUUAAGGCUGGAAAAGGGUUUCCGAGCCUGGGGGGCAGAGAUGAACUGUGACACUAAUCCCUUGGAAGCUGGACUGGAAUACUUUGUAAAGAUAAACAAGCCAGCAGACUUUACAGGAAAGCAAGCACUGAAGCAGAUUAAAGAAAAUGGGCUCAAACGACGACUGGUGUAUCUCAUCCUGGAAACAGAUAAUGUUGAUCCAGAGGGAAAUGAAAGUGUGUGGCAUAAUGGCAAGGUUAUUGGCAACACCACAUCUGGAAGUUUCAGUUACAGUAUUCAGCAGAGUCUGGCUUUUGCAUAUGUUCCCACAGAACUCAGCAAAGUUGGACAGAAAUUGGAGGUUGAACUGUUAGGAAAAAAUUAUCCAGCAACUGUUAUACAAGAGCCACUGGUGUUGACUGAACCAACGAGAAUGCGCCUUCAGAGAAAGGACCUGGUGCUGGUGCUGGCCGACGACCUGGGCUGGGGCGACGUGGGCUGGCACGGCUCGGCCAUCCGCACGCCGCGGCUGGACGCGCUGGGGGCGGGCGGCGUGCGGCUGGAGCGGUACUACACCCAGCCGCUCUGCACCCCCUCCCGCAGCCAGCUCCUCAGCGGCCGCUACCAGAUCCACACAGGUUUACAACACCAGAUAAUUUGGCCGUGCCAGCCCAGCUGCGUGCCACUGGAUGAGAAACUCCUCCCAGAGCUACUUAAAGAGGCGGGAUACGUGACUCACAUGGUGGGGAAGUGGCAUUUAGGGAUGUACAGAAAAGAAUGCCUUCCAACCCGCAGAGGAUUUGAUACUUACUUUGGCUAUCUUCUGGGGAGUGAAGACUAUUAUUCUCAUGACCGUUGUGUCCUCAUCAAAGCAAGGAAUGUAACACGUUGCGCUCUGGACUUUCGAGAUGGAGAAGAAGUUGCAACUGCAUUUAAAAACAUGUACUCCACUAAUUUAUUCACAGAAAGAGCUAUAGAUCUCAUAGCCAGUCACAAAACCGAGAAGCCCCUCUUUCUCUACCUCGCUUUUCAGUCUGUCCAUGAACCUCUUGAGGUUCCUGAAGAAUAUAUGAAACCAUAUUCUUCCAUUAAAGAUGUAAAGAGGCGCCAUUAUGCAGGGAUGGUGACUCUUAUGGAUGAGGCUGUAGGAAAUCUUACCGACGCUCUGAAAAGAUACGGUCUUUGGGACAACACAGUUCUUGUUUUCUCUACUGAUAAUGGAGGACAGACUUUGGCAGGUGGGAAUAACUGGCCCCUGAGAGGAAGAAAAUGGACCCUCUGGGAAGGAGGAGUGAGAGGAGUAGGCUUUGUUGCAAGUCCUUUGCUGAAACAAAAAGGUGUAGAGAGUCAUGCACUUAUCCAUAUCUCUGACUGGCUACCAACGCUGGUGCACCUUGCUGGAGGACAUACUAAUGGCACUAAGCCUUUGGAUGGCUUUGAUGUUUGGAAAGCUAUCAGUGAAGGAAGACCUUCCCCCAGAGUGGAACUGCUACAUAACAUAGACCCUAUGUUUGUGGAUGACUUCCCAUGUCUUGGCAUUGACAACAGGACAUCUUUACCACAGAGCAAUUCUUCUCCAUGGGAUGAUACACUUUUCAAUAUAUCCAUGCAUGCAGCAAUCCGACGUGGAAAAUGGAAGUUACUAACUGGAUAUCCAGGCUGCAGUCAUUGGUUCCCUCCACCAUCUUUGUUCAAUGAGUCAGAGAUUCAAUCAUCUGAUCCACCAACAAAGAGACUGUGGCUAUUUGAUAUUGUUCAUGAUCCUGAAGAAAAAAAUGAUUUGUCUGAAAAAUAUCCUCAUGUGGUAGAAAAACUGCUGUCACGGCUUCAGUAUUAUUAUAAACAUUCAGUGCCUGUGUUUUACCCUGAUGAGGAUCCCAACUGUGAUCCAGCAGCAACUGGAGCUUGGGGUCCUUGGGCAUAGUGCACAGCACUGCAUCCUGCAAAACAAUCCUGUAGUGGAGUCUGGUUUAUGGACUCAGGGUCUUAGUCAUAUAUUUCUUACCUUGUUUAUUAAACUAUUGCUAAUUGUGAGCUCAUUCCUUGAGUAAUUCAGUAUUUCUUACACUUAAAAUACAUUGGGGAUCUUAUUUCAGUCUUUUCCCACU